CCGUUUGAAUUCGAAGCCAAGACGCAAGAAGAGAAACGAGGAAAAGAAAGAGAAGGGGAGAGAGAGAGAGGGAGGCGAUGGAGGUAGCGUCGACGCCGGAGAGGGAGGCGGCGGUCACAAUUUCCGGCCUUCAUCCUGACCUUCUCAAGCACAUCCUCCACCUACUGGACGGCGCAGCCCUGGCCGCCAUCGGCUCCACGGCCACCGAGUUCCGCGACGCGUCCGGCGACCAGAUGCUCUGGCGGCGGCUCGUCAACGAAUCGUGGCCGGCGACAUCAGAGACGGAGCUUCACCGCCUAAUCGCAUCCACUCCUGGCGGUUUCCGCGCGUUUUACGCCGACUCAUGCCCGCUCGUCUCCGCUGACUCUGUGCUUCCGGCGCCGGAAGGUCCGCAGCCGUCGCCGGUCGACCUGGUCUCCAUCGUAGACGUUCGCCAUCGCGGACGGAUAAUCUUCUCCAAGGUGCUUUACGGCGUCCCGCUCCCGGAGUCGGGGGAGGACCCGCAGCGAGUGGAGGAUUGGUUUCUGGACUCGCCGUUCCGGAUAGACGCCCUGGACACAAAGGACGACCCGCCCGUGAUUUCCGUCGCCGGCGGCGACUGCACCGGCGACGAAGUGCGACGGCGACUCGCGGAGGACGUCCAGAUGAGCUGGAUCGUUUUGGACUUGACACGUGGCAGGGCGGUUAACUUGACGAGCUGGACGCCCCUGGAGGUGGAGCGCUACUGGUAUUCGGACCUGGAGUACCAGAUAAAAUUCGGGACGGUUUUACCCCUGGAAAGGGAAUGUAUCUACUGCGCGGUGUCGGUCAGGUGCGGCGGGUGCGAGGAAGGGGAGCUGAAGGUGAGGGAGAUCGCGAUGACGAUGGAGGACGUUGAGGGAAGGAAUUUGCUGGGAAGGGAGAGUAUGGACAUUUUCGGGAGGGCCCUGGGGAGCGUGAGGCGGAAAGGCGAAGAGGUGCUCAAAAGAAAAUACGCGGAGUUCCUGAGGACAAGAUCGGAAAACAAGGAGAGGAAAGCCAAGCGGGACAAGCGGAUCGACAUGGCGUGCGUGCUCUCGGGCGUUUCCGCUUUCGUCGCCUUCUGCGCCUUUAUGAUCAUCCGAUGACUGUAAUUCCCCCACCCCCCCCCCCCCCAUAAACUUUUCAUCUUUUAGAUUCUUUUAGAACAAGAUAUUUAUCACGAAUUAUUGCAUUAUACAAGGUGAUAAUUAAAUGUAUAGAAUUCAUGUUACUGCAAUUCAUACGAGGGCAUUAAUGGGAAUUGUUAUCCUGGCUUAUCCUUCCUUCUUUCUUCCCCAGCUACUUUUCUGAGCGGGACCUGCCACCUGAUUCCGCUGGUUUUACGAGUUCUAAGUUCACCAGUUUAAUCCUAAAUUUCCGACGAACCUACCUUGCCCAUAACCACUUCUUAAUGAAGGUGAGAGAGACAUUAAGUGUUUCACCAACCAGAAAUCUACCGAUAUGUAGUCGGUAAUUGCGGGUUCCUCCUCCACCUAAACAGAACCCAUCAUCGGCCAAUGGUGAUUUGUGAAAGAAAAAAGAUCAUGAAUGAGGUGUCACUGCAUGCCCUUGGUUGAAUAAGAUAGCCGAACCGAUGCAUAUGUAUCAUCUGCGUUUUAUAUUUCCGUUGCGGAAUCAAGUCAGACGGAGUUGGUAGCUGAUCAAAAGCAAAGUAGGACGGCAGGCAUGUUUCCGACUCGGUUAGUAGGUCAUAUUCAAUAUUUUGUAGCUACGCUGCAAUUGAUGA